AUGAUGAAAAUGAUCCGGGGGAAGGAAAGAAAUAUAAGACAAAGAAAGCCAGCUACGUCCUCUCGAGAAUCGGAGCAAAUGGCUAAAGUCGAGCGCAAAUCGAACUCCAUUUACCAGGAACCAGCUCCGGCAAAACAAUUUCACCUCGGGAUGUUUGAAAUUGGCCGACCGCUGGGCAAGGGAAAAUUUGGUCGUGUGUAUCUAGCAAGAGAGCGAAGUACUGGAUUCGUUUGUGCCUUGAAAGUCCUACACAAAAACGAGAUACAAAAGGGCAAGGUAGAAAAGCAGGUCCGGCGGGAAAUUGAAAUUCAAAGUAAUUUACGGCACCCAAAUAUCCUCCAACUAUAUGGCCACUUCCAUGACAGCAAACGAGUCUUUCUGAUCCUAGAAUUUGCUGGCAAGGGAGAACUCUACAAGCAUCUUCGGAGGGAGACGAAGUUUCCGGAAUGGAAAGCAGCUCAAUACAUUGCGCAAAUGGCUGCGGCAUUGAAGUAUCUCCACAAGAAGCAUGUUAUGCAUAGGGAUAUAAAACCAGAAAAUAUACUUGUUGGUAUUCAUGGCGAGCUUAAAAUUGCAGACUUCGGUUGGAGUGUCCAUGCGCCUAACAGCAGAAGAGCUACCAUGUGUGGAACUUUAGAUUAUCUUCCACCUGAGAUGUUGCAAGGAAAUAGCAACUACUACAAUGAGAAGGUUGAUUUAUGGAGUCUGGGAGUUUUGAUGUAUGAGUUCCUGGUUGGCGAAGCUCCUUUUGAAGACACCCCAGUCAUGACACAGAGAAGGAUAACAAGAUGUGAGAUGACGAUUCCAAGCUUCGUGUCCUCGGAAGCAAAGGAUCUGAUUAAAAGGUUGCUGGUACUUGACCCCGAAAAAAGGAUUCCUCUCGAACAGGUUCAGAAGCACCCUUGGAUCAUCAAGCAUUGCGUGAAGGGGGAGCGGGCUAGUAUGCGGGAUUCAAAAUCCACUGGCAGCAAAUCUUCACUGGACUCCAGUGACGAAUGA